AAUAAUCGAACAAUUUGAAUGUGGUGGUAAAGUGCAUUUGCUCCAGGAAAUCGACCGUAUGAUUUGUGGGCGAUGCGGAGCGGUGUUGAUGACAAAAUUUGAUUUUGUUGAUAAAUGAUAGGACGUCGACGAUGAUAACAAAAAUAACGCUAAGUUUUUCUAUUAUUCGAGUACUUAGGUAGAAGAGGAGUUUCUAACAUAAUAAUAUCGUAUUCAAUAUUAGUUUGUAUUUUAUUCUAUUCCAAUUAUUGCUCAUUGUCAACUGGUAAUUUUAACAAUAAUUGUAUUAACGCAGCAUUUACUUAAAAUGUUGCGAAAAGUAUAUUCCUAUUUUAUAGGCUUUUGCAGGGAUUAACUAUAUUACUCAGUUGUAUUCUUAUUGUUCCGUUUCUUUCAUAAAAUAUAGCACAUCUAGGCAUUUAGCUCAUAGGAAUUAAGUUGAUAAUAUUUAAAUAAAAUCGUCACUUUGUAUGGUCGACCAAUAAAAGUGCAAAAGCAGACACUUUGUAUGGUCGGGUAUAAAAGUACAUUGCUGAUUGCGGAUACUUUGUACAGUUGGGUAAAAAUGUUCAAUUCAGACCGCAGACAGUUUGUACUAUUAUAUACAUAAAACAUAAGUAGUGUAAAUACAAGUUAUAUAUCUAAGUAGUAAGUAUAAAUAAUGUCAAUUAUUAAAAUGUAAAAAUUAAAAAUUAAAACAAAAAGUAAAUUAAAAGUGUUUUAAAAUAUAGUAUAUGAACAAUAGUCAUAAUAAUCAGUUUUUUUAACAAACUGGUUAGAUAACAGCCAAAUAUUACUUGGUGCUAUAAUAUAUUUUUAAUUAAUUUAGGAACUUGAUGACCUAAAAAUCUUGAAAUUAUCAAAAUAAUCAAACAUGAUUAUAAAUUAUAAUAAUUGUAUUACAUUAUUACCAAAUGUUAUGUUAAAAAGUAAAUUAAAAAUGUGUACAGUAUGGCGAAAUGACAAGUAAAAAUUACUUUUGAUAGGUAAUAAUUCUCUCCUAUUUUGAAUGUAUAAGAUAAUUAAAUCUACCAAAUAAUAUUUAAGCUUAAUAACAUGGUCUGUUCAUGACUUCUGACAUGUUUAUAUUAAAUAUAAUAUAUUUUAUGUAUAUUAGUAUAAAGUGUCCGUGUUCUGCAAUUUAAAGUUUUACCUGAUCGUGCAAAGUGUCCGCAUUCUGCAAUCUACCUUUUUACCUGACCGUACAAAUUGUCCGGGUUAUGCAUUUUAAACAAUCAACCGUACAAAGUGUCAUUUUACCUAAAUAUUUGUAUGCUUACAUAUUAUAACAAAAUAAUUGGUCGUUGCUAUUUGUUUCCAUUAAAUUAUUACUUCCUCUCACUGUUUCCACUGUUAAUAUUUUAAUAUUUAACUAUUUAAAAUAACUAUUCAGAUAAUUAAAAUGUUGAGAUACAGAGGAAAUAAAUUAACACUUAAUACCUAUUGUAAAAUAAUUGGAUUCAUUUCCUAAGGUUUAAGAAGAAAUUUAUGAACCAUCUGUUUAUAGUAAUGUUACACUGACAGUUAGGAUUAUGGUUAUUGAUUUCUGAAAUACAAUAUGUUUUACAAGAACAUUAUAUAUACAGAUUUGUACCAGACACGGACUAUGAAUCUAAACUUCCAAUUAACAUAGAUAUUACUGUUACAUCAACUUGUGAUAGUUAGGUUAGGUUUGCUGAUAUUGUUGAUACAACAGGACAAAAUAUGAUGUUAUUUGGAGAAUUAAAAACUGAUGAUACUUGGUGGGAAAUGACAAAAGAAUUGACACAACAUUUCGAAAAAAUGCGUGUAUUCAAUGCAUAUUUAAGAGAAGAAUAUAAUUCAAUGAAUGACAUAUUAUGGAUUUUUGAUAAUUAUAAUACAUUAAAAAAUAAAAUAUCUGUUAAUAGGUACUACAGGAAAUCUAUUUGUUUGCUUCAAACUUGCUUCAAGCUUCUGGAAUUAGAUGAUCAUAUUCAAACAGUUGUCCGUGAUAUUGGAAAACAUGGGAUGGAUAUAGAAUAUGAGUUGAGUAUGGAAAUUGGAAGCCCUGUGCAUGGACUAUUGAUCGAUUCUUAGCUUUCCGAAGAACUGUAUUCCUUAUAUUGGCGUGCAGAAAUUAUUUCUGAAGCUUCCUUCUUUAUACGCAAUAGAGAAUGUCAAAUGAAUAUACAAUAUAAAUCUCAUUAAAAAAAAAUUAUUCUUAAUAUGCAUAAAUUUAACGACUAUUUCAAUUAUCUUGAUAGUGCUGGAGGACAAUGUGCCAUAGACUUAUCAAAAGUGAAACUAGACAAGACAUCUUCAGGUAAGAUUUGUGUGUCCAUGUAUUACAACAAAACUGCAUGCAUCAGGAUGAAGUUGAAGUAUCGUAGUCUUGACGGUUAUUGUAAUAACUUGAAACGUUCCUCCUCGGGAAAAGCAUCCACGGCUCUAUAAACGUUUGCUCUUAAUAACUAUAUGGAUAGUUUUAAUGAAGUUUUCGAAGAUUCUUUUUCGUCUUACAAACCAAGUCCUAGAAAGCUGAGGGUUGAAUUUGUCAAAGACGAGCACUCACCAGAUUACUUCAAAACUAUGGCAAUGGCGUACUGGACGAUUUUUGUAGGCCAUGAUCAAUCUCACACGGAAAUUUCUAGAAUGAUGAAUAGUAAUAAGUCCGUGAGCUGUUGUUCAAAUAGCCGGAAGGAGCUCAUGCCUCGAGACAUACACCUCGAGUUGUGCUUGCAAGUAGUGAUACCGGGUAAAGAUCCAUUUUUCAGAAACCAUAUUCGUUUUAUGAACUACGGUCGUUUGGUGCCAGCUGUGUGUUCCGAUUGUACUUUUGACCCAAGGAACAAUAUCAAUAUAGAAUACAACACAACCUUGUACUGUAAUAAGCUUCCAAACCAAUAAAAACAAUUGAUUAAAAAUUCUAAAAAAAAAUGUUGGAUUCAAAUACCAAAGUAUACUGAAGCAUGUAAUAUACUAGUAAUUGAACAAAUUGUCUUCAUUAAAUGUUUAUGAAGUGCAGUUCUUAGCCCUAAUACUAAACUCAAUAAAUGUGUUGUAAUGGACAUUAAUGUUAUGGAAUACCUAUAAAUACCAACAUGUUCCUACACAUCUCAAAUAAAAAUUUAUAUACGGAAGGCCGAAUGAUCAACGCAAGUCUUUCACUAAAGGAACAUUACAACCGACCAACUGCAGGUUUACUAUUAAAUUACAUGGAUCAGCUUGUCAGAGGGCUAUCUACGCAGAAUACACAAAAAAUUGAUAUGCUAUUUACUAAAACGCUUACAAAUUACUUAUACAGUGUUUAUCCAAACCACGCGUUUGGAAUGGACAUCGUCAGCUUGGAUAUACAACGAACCCGCGAUCAUGGUAUACCAAGCUACACAGAAUUUAGAAAAUAUUGUCGACUAAAAGCUAUCAGAAGUGUACAAGAUUUAUCCAAGAUCAUGGUUGAAGGCUCAACUGAUAGACUAUUGAAGCAAUACAACCAUUGGAGAGAUAUAGAGCUUUUGGUAGGUGCAUUGUUUGAGAAACACGAAGUAGACUCAAUGGUUGGCCCAACGAUGAGAUGUAUCAUUAGAGAACAGUUUAUAAGAACUAGAAUGGCAGAUAGAUAUUUUUACGAUUUACCAAAUAUAUUCAAUGAAUAUCAACUGACAGGAAUCAGAAAAGUGACGCUUGCCAGAAUCUUUUGUGAUAACAGCAAUAAUGUCAGAAUGAUGCAGAAAAAAGUAUUUUUGAUACCUGCAAUGGCUGAUUUGCAACUCUGUAAUUCCCAAUUAAUUCCAAAAAUCAACAUCAAUCACUGGUCAGAGAUGGUCGAUACAUUUCAAAAAUAACUUUAAAUUUAAUAAUCAAUAAUCAGUGGAAGUAUCUUCACUGGAUGGUUUGUUCCCUCAAGUAACUCAAGCCAUUGCGUUUAAUUUUAUUUAAAAAACCUACAUUAGGCUUAUUGUACUUUUUUUUAGUAUAGAUUGUGUAAGUUAUAGAUUAAAAAAAAUAAUCAAUAAUCAGCCUUUAAUCUAACCUUAUUUUCAUUUUACCUAUAUAUCUUGUUUAUAAUAAAUAUUCUUAAAUUAAUUAUGAGUCUAAAAUUUGCCAUGUUACACACUUGUAAGACAGAGACAACAAAUUUCACUGUAAUGACCCAUUAAGGCCAAUAAAAAAAAAUUAUUUUUGUCUGGCGCAGAAAAAUUAUAGUCAGACCAAAAUACAAUCUUGAUAAAUUUUAGGUAUGCAUACUCCGCAACAUCUUAAAUGACGGCUCUGCUUUGGCCCGAAUACUGGUUUUUAUGUUUUGUAUGAAUAAAUAUUAGCUCAACAAUAUUUAAUUUUUAAAGAUAAUUAAAAAUUGAAUAAAUCUUAAAA